CGCACAGAGAAGACGGGACGGACAAUAUAUCUAUAUAUGCAUUUAAUUGUAAAUGCAAAAAAAGAGUGAAUCAAGAUUUUUUUUGUUUUUGCAAACGAAAAUUUGUUUGUUGUUCAUGUUUUUUCUAUUUUUAUUUUGGUGAUUCCGUUUUUAUGGCUCCUGAUGUCUGGAUGCCUACAGAAAUAACGCACAGGACCAAAAGUGUGCCGGUUGGUGAAUUCUAGUAGGACAAGGAAAAUCUGAUUAUUGCUUUUUUCUGAAAACACUUCAUAAAUAGAUAGUCAAGCUGCCGGUCCGCGUGGCUCGCGGGAAGCUCGACGCGAUGAUGGUGCACUGCGCCGGGUGCGCGAGGCCCAUCUUGGACCGCUUUCUACUGAACGUGCUGGACCGCGCGUGGCACACCGAGUGUGUGCAGUGCUGCGAGUGUAGCUGCAACCUCACCGAGAAGUGCUUCUCCAGGGACGGCAAACUUUACUGCAAAAUAGACUUUUUCAGGCGUUUUGGCACCAAGUGUGCUGGCUGUUUUCAGGGCAUUUCACCGAGCGACCUGGUGCGUAAGGCGCGCAGUAAAGUGUUUCACUUGAACUGCUUCACGUGCAUGGUGUGUAACAAGCAGCUGUCUACGGGCGAGGAGCUCUACGUCAUCGACGAGAACAAGUUCGUGUGCAAGGAGGACUACGUGAGCGCGAGCGCCAUCCGUGAGGUCAACCUGAAUUCAGUGUCGUCAUGCACCGAUCGCAGCCUGUCGCCCGACCUGCCUGAGCCGAACGCGGACGACCCGAAAGAGACGGACAACUCGACGUGCUCGGACAAGGACACGAACGCGAACGAGAGCGAGGAGCAAAGCGCGUGCCAAAAGCGCCGCGGCCCGCGCACCACCAUCAAGGCCAAGCAGCUGGAGACGCUCAAGGCGGCGUUCGUGGCCACGCCGAAACCCACACGCCACAUCCGAGAGCAGCUCGCGCAGGAGACCGGCCUCAACAUGCGAGUCAUCCAGGUCUGGUUUCAGAACAGACGGUCAAAGGAACGCAGGAUGAAGCAGCUCAGUGCCCUCGGCGCCCGGCGCCAUGCUUUUUUCAGAGGACCGAGAAGGAUGAGGCCGCUGGGCAGCCGACUCGACGAGCCUGAUCUCCUUGGCCCUGGGGGAUACGGCUACUAUGGAGAGUAUCAGGGUGAUUACUAUGGCACAGGUGUCAACUAUGACUUCUUUCCUCAUGGUCCACCCUCAUCUCAGGCCCAAUCUCCUGCGGAGGCACCCUUCCUGCUCAGCUCGGGCUCCGGAGACGACCAACGCUUCACAGACGUGAUGUCACACGAUGACACGCCAAGCCCAGAAUUGCACCCAAACGCACAGGGUGAAGGCGGAUUUGGGACAGGACCCAGUCCACCAUACCCACUGGCCAACAAUGCCAACUACACUGGGCAAGAGAUGGGUGAAAAUACCGUAUGGUAGUGGCGGUUGGGGUUUCUGGACAGAUAAAUAAGGGGCAAAAUUGGAUGUGGUGCAGGACACAAGACUGGAAGUUUAGCACCAUCCAAUCCCUAAAGAAAUCCCACAAACCACAUUGGCUCGAUUUGCUCCAGUUUCCAGAGGCGCUCUUCUGAGCAGGAUGAAAACAUGUUUCAAGGUCAUGACAUACAGGAAACAAAACUGUCAUGUGGCUCAAAUGUUCCAAGGACGUCAUGUUCUUUCUUUGCUCACAAUUUCUUCAUUCACUUUCUGCAGACCACAGACAAACACUGGAACACUGGAAUUCUUUCUGCCACCAUUGGUUUUUGCAUGGACUCUGUUUGAUGGUAUGGCAUCAGGCAUAUUAGGGCUCAUACCUGUUUUGCUUUUGUUAUUAUUUACAGACAAGCAAAGGUUGUUGGUCUGUGCACAAAUGACUAGAAAACCAGUGGAUUUGUUCAGACAUUUGGAAUAUAUUGGGAAUUGGGUAGUGAACUCUAAACCUAAGCCCACUCCAGUUUGGUUUAAUUCUUUGUCAAAGAUCAUCUAAUUUGACUGCUUUUUUCCCCCCCACCAUGUUUUAAAACUCUGAUCUGUUUUCAUUCAUUGAAAAACAAUAAACCUUUUGAUGAACAGAAUAUGA